CCACUCCCGACUCUCAGUCGCUCAGUCUACUCCCACUCCGCCCUGCCCUGUCAUUGUCCCCGUCGGUCUUUCUCUUCAGUCCGAAAACCUCUGCGAGCCGCUCCCUUCUCCUGGUGCCCCGCGUCUGUCCAUCCUCAGUGGGUCAGACAAGCAGGAUGGAGGGCUGCAUGGGGGAGGAGUCUUUUCAGAUGUGGGAGCUCAAUCGGCGCCUGGAGGCCUACCUGGCCCGGGUCAAGGCUCUAGAGGAGCAGAAUGAGCUGCUCAGCGCGGAGCUCGGGGGGCUCCGGGCACAAUCCGGGGACACCUCCUGGCGGGCGCGUGCCGACGACGAGCUGGCUGCCCUGCGGGCCCUCCUUGACCAGCGCUGGCGGGAGAAGCACGCGGCCGAAGUGGCGCGCGACAACCUGGCUGAAGAGCUGGAGGGCGUGGCGGGCCGAUGCCAGCAGCUGCGGCUGGCCCGGGAGCAGACGGCGGAGGAGGUGGCCCGCAACAGGCGCGCCGUCGAGGCGGAGAAAUGCGCACAGGCCUGGCUGAGUAGCCAGGCUGCAGAGCUGGAGCGCGAGCUGGAGGCUCUGCGCUUGGCGCACGAGGAGGAGCGGGUAGGCCUGAACGCGCAGGCUGCCUGUACCCCCCGCUGCCCCGCGCCGCCCCGCGGGCCCUCGGCGCCGGCCCCGGAGGUGGAGGAGCUGGCAAGGCGACUGGGCGAGGCGUGGCGCGGGGCAGUGCGCGGCUACCAGGAGCGCGUGGCGCACAUGGAGACGUCGCUGGGCCAGGCCCGCGAGCGGCUAGGCCGGGCUGUUCAGGGUGCCCGCGAGGGCCGCCUGGAGCUGCAGCAGCUCCAGGCUGAGCGCGGAGGCCUCCAGGAUCGCAGGGCAGCGUUGGAACAGAGGUUGGAGAGCCGCUGGCAGGAGCGGCUGCGGGCCACUGAAAAGUUCCAGCUGGCCGUGGAGGCCCUGGAGCAGGAGAAACAGGGCCUGCAGAGCCAGAUCGCCCAGGUCCUGGAAGGUCGGCAACAGCUGGCGCACCUCAAGAUGUCCCUCAGCCUGGAGGUGGCCACGUACAGGACCCUCCUGGAGGCUGAGAACUCCCGGCUGCAAACACCUGGUGGUGGCUCCAAGACUUCCCUCAGCUUCCAGGACCCCAAGCUGGAGCUGCAAUUCCCUGGGACCCCAGAGAGCCGGCGUCUUGGAUCUUUGCUCCCAGUCCUGAGCCCAACUUCCCUCCCCUCACCCUUGCCUGCUACCCUUGAGACACCUGUGCCAGGCUUUCUUAAGAACCGAGACCUCCUCCAGGCCCGUUCCCCUGCCUUGGCCAGCACCCCCAUCCCACCCACACCUCAGGCACCCUCUCCUGCCACAGAUGCAGAGAUCAGAGCCCAGGAUGCUCCUCUCUCUCUGCUCCAGACACAGGGUGGGAGGCAGUGGGCUCCAGAGCCCCUGCAGGCUGAAGCCAAGGUGGCCAUUCCUGCCAGCGUCCAGCCUGGACCGCAGGAGCCUGGGGGCAAGCGGCAAGGGGCCGGCACAGGCCAGUCCCCAGAGGACCAUGCCUCCUUGGCUCAAGCCCUCAGCCCCAACCACUCCAGUUUAGAGGCUAAGGAUGGAGAAGCUGCUGGGUCUACGGUGUUCAGCAUAUGCCAGGAGGAAGGCGAAGGGCAAAUCUGGGGGUUGGGAGAGAAAGAAACAGCCAUAGAGGGCAAAGUGGUAAGCAGCUUACAGCAGGAAAUAAGUGAACAAGAGGAUAUGGACAGGAAGGAAAUCCAGGACUCCCAGGUUCCUUUGGAAAAAGAAACCCUGACUUCUCUGGGAGACGAGAUUCAAGAGUCACUGAAGACUCUGGAAAUCCAGAGCCACGAGACUCUAGAGAGGGAGAAUCAGGAGUCUCUGAGGGCUUUAGAAGACUUAGAAACACUAAAAAGUCUAGAAAAGGAAAACAAAGAGCCAUUAACGGAGGUGGAGGUAGUGAGACCUCUAGAAAGAGAGGCUGUAGGCCUGCUUAAGCCUGCAGGAAAAGAGGACACACAGACAUCACAAUCCCUGCCAAGGGAGGAUCAAGAACAAACGAAAUCUCUUGAAGGUAAUCUAGAGACAUUUUUAUCUCCAGGAAAGGAAAACCAAGAAUUAGUAAUUUCUCUGCAAGAGAACUCAGAGUCAUUGACAGCUCUAGAAAAGGAAGAUCAAGAGCCACUGAGAGCUCCAGCGGCUGAGGACGAAGAGGCACUGAGACCUCUGAUGAAGGAGAAUCAAGAGCCACUGAGAGCUCCAGCGGCUGAGGACGAGGAGGCACUGAGACCUCUGAUGAAGGAGAAUCAAGAGCCACUGAGAGCUCCAGCGGUUGAGGACGAAGAGGCACUGAGACCUCUGAUGAAGGAGAAUCGGGAACUCCUGAGGUCUCUUGAAGUUGAGAACCAAGAAGCCCUUAGACUGCCAGAAAAAGAGAACCAGGAGCUAUCGAAGACUCUAGAGGAAGAGGACCAGAGUAUUGUGAGACCUCUAGAAACAGAGAAUCACGAGUCACUCAGGUCUCUAGAAGAAGAGGACCAAAAGGCAUUGAAGAUUCUUGAAAUGGAGACUCAACAGCCACAGAGGUCUCUAGGGGAAGAGGAUCAGAUGACAUUAAGGCCUCCAGAGGAAGCAGACCCAGAACCACUGCAGUCUCUUGAAAAAGACCGGGAGGCAGCUAGACCUCUUGAAAAUGAGAAUCAAGAGUUAUCAAAGUCACUCAAAGAAGAGAGUGUGGAGGCAGUGAAAUCUCUAGAAAUAGAGCUCCUAGAAUCACUGAAGUCUGCAGAAGGGAACCUGGAAACACUGAAAUCUCCAGAAACUCGAGUGCCACUGUGGUCUCUAGAAGAAAUAAAUCAUGGGGCAAUGACACCUCCAGAAAAGGAAAUUCAAGAACCACUGGGGUCUGCAGAAGUGAACCAAGAGACAUUGAGACUCCCAGAAGAGGAGAAUCAAGAACGAUUGAGAUCUCUGGGAGCAUGGAACCUGGAGAAUUUGAGAUCUCCAGAGGAGGUAGACAAGGAAAGUCAAAGCAAUUUGGCAGAGGAAGAGAACCUGAGGAAGGGAGAGAAGCAAGAGUCACUGAGGUCUCUGGAGGAAGAGGGACGGGAGCUGCCCCAGUCUGCAGAUGCGCAGAGCGGGGAAGAUACGGUGGGGAAGGACCCAGAGCUGGCUCAGGAAAGCACCCCAGGGAUGGCUGGAGUGGAAAAUGAGGACAAGACAGAGGAUGGCUUUGCCGGGAAGGAGGAGGUGAUAGAGCAGGGAGAGCGGAAUGCAAGGGAGGCCUGGAUCCCAGGCGAGGGACACCCAGGGAGCCCUGAGCCCAAAGAGCAUAGGGGCCCAGCUGAGGGAGCCAGUGGGAAGAGAAGGGCUGGGGGUCUCCAAGAUCCUGAAGGGCAACCACAACAGCUGGGGACCCCAGGUCUGCAAGCUCCCCAGGAACUGCCAGAGGCGAUAGAGCCCUUGGUGGAAGAUGAGGAUGUGGCCCGGCUGGGUGACCAAGACUCCCCAGAGGUCAUGUUGGGGUCAGAGCCUGCCGUGGGUGAGUCUGCUGCGGGAGCUAAGGAAGUCCCGGGACAGGAGGUGGGAGGGCUAGAGGACCCAGGCCAUCUGACCAGGGAAGAGGUGACGGAACCACUCCUGGAAGAGGAGAGUUUGGAGGCAAAGAGCGUUCCGGGCUUGGAAGGGCCUAGAAAGGACGUAGGGGAGGCAGAUGCUCUGGGGGCGGAGCUCUCUGAGCUGCCUGGGAAGAGUGGAGACCCUCUAGAGCUUCCCACAGGCUGGGAGGAACCAGAGGCUGAGGCUAUCCUGGGAGCAGAGGAGGCGUUCCCUGCUGAGACCCUGGGCUAUGAUGGAAGCGAUGCCCCUCCACCUCAGCCCCUGGGGUCAGAGGAAGCUGAGGAGGAUGCAUCCCCAGUGCUGGCACCCCCCAGCCCAAUGUACACCCCAAUCCUGGAAGAUGCCCCUGGAUCCCAGCCUCAGGCUGAGGGGAGCCAGGAAGCUAGCUGGGGGCUGGAGGGUAGGGCUGAAGCCCUGGGAAAAGUAGAGAGUGAGCAUAAGGAGUUGGCUUCUGGGGAGAUCCCCGAGGGCCUCCAGGAGGAGGAGGAGAGCAGAGAAGAGAGCGAGGAGGAUGAGCUGGGGGAAACCCUUCCUGACUCUACUCCCCUGGGCCUCUACCUCAGGUCCCCCAUGUCCCCCAAGUGGGACCCCGCUGGAGAGCAGAGCCCAGACCCUCAAGGGGAGACUGGGAAGGAGGGCUGGGAUCCUACUAUCCUGGCUUCCCAGGCCCUUGAGGCCCCACCCUCAGGAGAGGAGGAUGGGGAAGAGGGGGAAGAGGAGCGAGGCCGUGACUCUGACCUGUCAGAGGAAUUUGAGGACCUGGGGACUGAGGCUUCUCUUCUUCCUGGGGUCCCUGGGGAGGUGGCAGAACCUCUGGGCCAGGUGUCCCAGCUGCUACUGGAGCCUGCAGCGUGGGAUCGGGAUGGGGAGUCUGAUGGGUUUGCAGAUGAGGAAGAAAGUGGGGAGGAGGGAGAGGAGGAGGAGGAGGAUGAGGAGGAGGGAAGGGAGCCAGGGGCUGGGCGGUGGGUGCCAGGGUCCUCUGUUGGCAGCCUCCAGGCCCUGAGUAGCUCCCAGAGAGGGGACUUCAUGGAGUCUGAUUCUGUGGGUGUCAAUAUCCCCUGGGAUGACAGCUUGAGGGGUGCAGUGGCUGGUGCCCCUAUGACUGCCCUGGAAACUGAGUCCCAGGAGAGUGCUGAGGCUUCUGGCUCAGAGGAAGAAUCUGACCCUGUUUUCUUGGAGAGGGAGGACAAAGUCCCGGGCCCUCUGGAGAUCCCCAGUGGGGUGGAGGGUGCAGGCCCAGGGGCAGACACUGUUGCUGUUAAUGGCCAGGGUCCCAGCUUGGAGGAGAAGUCACAGCAUGUGAAUGGGGGAGUGAUUAACGGGCUGGAGCAGUCUGACGAAGUGGGGCAGGGGAUGCUGCUGGUUCCUGAGGGUGACCGAGGGAGCCCCUUUCAGGAGGAGGAGGGGAGUGCCCUGAAGACCCCUUGGGCAGGGGCUUCUGUUCACCUGGGCUCGGGUCCGUUCCUGAAGUUCACUCAGAGGGAAGGAGAUAGAGAGUCCUGGUCCUCAGGGGAGGACUAGGGGCAGUGGGGACUUAGGGGUGGGGGAGGGGGAGGAUGUCCCAAGCCUGCUCCCUGCUCAGGGGUAGCACUCUUAACUUAUGAUCUCUUGACCUGUGGUUUCCGGCUGAGAGGCCUGGCUGGCUAAGGUGGAAGGGGUGUGGCAAAGGAGACUGCAAGGGUGGAGGCUGUAGGGACAACCUCUGCCCCGCAAAGGAGACCCCCACCUGCACCAUCGCAUAGGCUAAGUCAGCUGAAGCCCGAUAGUAUUAGGCCCCCUUUCCUCCACAUCCGGUCAGCUGGAAAGUCUGGGACCCAGAGGCCCCUCCAAAGGGAGGGCAACGUGCUGGCCUUUGUGCCCAAGCUCACCAGCCCUGCGCCAUCUCACUGCAGCAGCACCACCCUCCUGGGCCGUCUGGCCUGUGGCUAAUGGAGGUGAGGGCACUCCCAUGUCCUGACCCCCCAACCCCCAUCCCUGCCUGGCUCGCCCCUGCCUGAAUAAAGUAAUGCCUCUGCCUUCAAAA